AUGUGUGAAGAAAAAAGAAAAUGUUUGAAGUCAUUAUUCAUCCACAAGUUCCCUAAAAUUUCAGUUAUACAUCUGAAACGUUUCUCGCAGACUGUAGAGUUCAGUGAGAAACUGAACACAAUUGUCGACUUCCCCUUGAUCGGCUUGGACAUGAGCCCCUAUGGAGCUGAAGACAUCGUACCAUGUCCUUCCAAACUGUACGCUAUCUCAAAUCACAGCGGGACCACCUACAGCGGACACUACACAGCCUACUGCAGACAUCUAUAUACGGAAAUUUGGCACGAGUACAAUGAUUCCCUGGUUUCUUCAAUUUCGUCGAAUUCUCUCGUCAGUGGAAAUGCCUAUAUCCUUUUUUACCAACAAGAGGCUCACCCCAAAUACGAACAACGUGAUGUUGAUUCUGUGAAGAGCUACUGCUUCGUAGCUGAUCCCGAUAGCACCCUUCGUACUGUCCACUAUUCCGCUGAAAACUACGACAUGUUCAACACAUAUUCGCAAGAUGAAGAAGAGGGCGUGCAAGGAGCUCUGAUGCAUGUAAGUGAAACAAGAGUUAGUUGUCUCAGCAUCGAUCUGGUCGUAGUCAACUAUUGGUCGAGAGUGAGUGAGCUGACUACCUCAAUUUUCAUCGCCUGGUUGCCCACGAAAAACUUAUCUUAUACAUUUAGUGUUGGUUUACAGUUGAGAAGGGACGAACUGAGAACAGGAAAUUUCGAUUUAGCUUCUAGGAGAUUGGGCAAGUAG